UCGUUAUGAACAUGGAAAAAUGCCUGGCGUCAAUAUGUAUGACUUGCCCAUCAGGCUUCCCUUGCUGCGCCGCGGCUUCCCCUCCUGCUACCGGAAGUGCUCCGCCGGUCGGUUUGGGAACGGCCGGGAGCAACAUGGCGGCAACCGCAGCAGCCGUGUCACGAGAGCCGCCGCCGCACACUCGCCGCCCUGGCCUGGGCGUGGGGCUCGGGCGGCCCCCGCGCUCGACGCCGCGCGGCCUCCGCGAGCCCCCGGCCAGCCCUUGGGAGCUGGUGAGGCCCUCCGUGACGGAGCUCUCGCGGGCCGUCAGGAGCAACAUCCUAUGCACGGUGCCCGGCUGCGGCAAGGUGCUGCCCAACCCGCCGGCUCUGAGCAUGCACCUCAGCAAGGCCCACGGCGUGCAGCAGAAUAAUUGGAAUACGUACAGAAGUUUCCAGCGGAGGGUCUCUUUGAGUAUGAGUACCAAGGAUGGAAAAAUAAAUCCUGCAAUAAGGAAAGACUUGAAGACACCACAGAAAUACUACUGCUGUCCUAUUGAAGGUUGUCCUAGAGGACCAGAAAGGCCGUUUUCACAAUUUUCUCUUGUAAGACAGCACUUUAUGAAAAUGCAUGCAGAAAAGAAGCAUAAAUGUGAUAAAUGUAACAAUUCCUAUGGCACCAUAUGGGAUCUGAAGCGACAUAGUGAGGACUGUGGCAAGACUUUCCAAUGUACUUGUGGGUGCCCCUAUGCUAGCAGGACCGCACUAUUGUCUCAUAUUUAUAGGACACAGCAUGUGAUUCCUGUUGAACACAGGGAUCCACCUAGUAAGAAAAGGAAAACGGAAACCUUGGUAUCCAGUCAGUUGGUGGGAGAAAAGGUUAAAGAAGCCUCUGUCAGGGUCCACACCAGAUGUACUAGCACUAAAGACUUGGAGACUUCUGAGAUCAAGCCAGCAGCUUCCUCUCAAGAUUCUAGCCGUUCCUAUACCACAAAGCAAACGCAGACACAGCAAAAAAAUACACCAAAGUUGCUUCUGCCCAAGCCAAAAGUGGCUUUAGUUAAACUCCCUCUAAUGCAGCUUACUCAUUUGCCUAUCUUUGUAUCAGCACCAGACUCUUCUGUCAAACCUGUUGUUGUUGCUGUUGAUGACAAAGGCUCUGUUAUGAGUACUGUUCACUUAAUGCCUGUGCCGGUAGGAAUUAUGAUAUCCUCACUGGGGGCUGAAACACUUGCAUUUAAAAGCACCUUGCCUCUGUCAAAAACCAAAAACGCUGCUAGCGUUGAGCCAGUCAGCACAGGUAUGCAGGUCAGUUUGGAUAAAGGUGCAUCUGAUGAUACAAUCCAAGAUCUAGAAGCCAUAUGUUACAAGAAUGGGAUCUGUUCAACAAAUGUACAGACAGACUUAUCGUAUAUUUCACAAAACUUUGUAACAUCUGCAGCCUGGACUCCUGAUUCAUCGGUAUCCUCUUGUUCUCAAACAGACCUGACAUUCAGUUCUCAAGUUUUGUUGCCAAUUAGUGUACAAACGCAGACACUGCUACCCAGUUCAAAGCUGACCUCUUCCAUAGCUGCUCAGACAGAUGCACAUGCCCAGGCUUGUUUUCAGUCAUGUGGAAUUUCUCGGGAGACUCAGACCAAUAGGUCGCAGAAAGAUAUUGAUCGGAGAGUACAAAUGGACCAGGCUGUAAUGUGCAAUGACAUUUUUGAUAGUGUUGGUUCAUCAUUCAGUGAUUCAACCCCAGUGGCACUUCCAGGCACCAGCUUGAUGAAUGCAGGCCUGGGUCAAAAUUUGCUACAAAGAGAAAGCUGCAAAUCUUUGAGUCCAGACGCUAAGUGUGAGCCAAUUAUCAGCUUCAGUACACAGAACAAUAUUCUCCCACAGCAAGUUAUGACAGACAAUCAGACCCAGACAAUGGAAUUACUGAAUGAUCUUGAAACUAUUUUUUCAAAUAAUACAGCGGGUCAGUCACUGGAUAACCGUAGUCUUUUGACUGAUACUAGCUCAAGUGUUGGCACACCCUUGCCUUCUGGCCCUACGCAGAAUGCAGGAAUUGAUUUUGACAUUGAGGAUUUCUUCACAGCCUCCAAUAUCCAAACUCAAACAGAAGAGACUGAACUUGGGAACUUGAACUCUGAGCCAGUCUUGGAAUCACUAGAUAUUGAAACCCAGACAGAUUUAUUUUCAGAUAAUGCCACCCAGUCUUAUAGUUGCAGAGGUAAUCCCAAUUUCUUAGGCUUGGAGAUGUUUGACACACAGACACAGACAGAUUUAAAUUUCUUUUUAGACAGCCCCUAUUUGCCUUUGGGGAACAUCUUGAAACAGUCUACCUUCUCUAUGAGCACAGACUCAUCCGAUACAGAAACACAGACAGAAGUACAUUUCCCUGAAAAAAAUGUCUCCAACCAAAUGGCAGAGAGCAAAGUCCAGCUGAAUAGUGCUGAAACACAAACCAUGGAUAGCUGCUUUGAAACUCUAGGCAGCUUAUUCCUUACUAGCAAUGAGACUCAGACUGCUAUGGAUGACUUCUUGUUGGCUGAUGUGGCCUGGAAUACCAUGGAGUCACAGUUCAGUUCAGUCGAAACACAGACUUGUGCAGAAUUGUGUUCUUUGUUUCAGGGUUCUGACAAAGCAAGCCAUUGAGUGCUGUUCUGAAACUCUCUUCUUUGAGGAUUAAGUUAUGUGUUGGUAGGAGGAACUGAUAUUGGAAUCACCUCAGCUGAAUGUAACUGGCCAUACACAGUUGGUUUACAAAUCUUGUCAUACUAUAAGGUACUUUAACUGUUGUGUGUUAUUACUAAUAUGAAUCCUGUGUGCAUAUGUUUACUGUUGUGUAUUAGUGUAUGUUUGAACACUUCAUAACUGAUAGUAAUCUGGUAUCUGCCUCUGCUAUGCUGAGUUGCAUUUUUUUAAAACCCAGAAUUCCAGUCUUGUAGACUUUAGUCAUGUCUGCCCUCUAAACUCGACUCUUAAGGCUGCAAUCCUGUACUUGGUAGUAAGCCCACUACAUGAAGUGAAACUCCUCAGUAAACAGACAUGGAAUUGCAUGGUUGGUGUGUGCAUAUGUGUAAGGACCAAAAGCUAGUUUUCUUUCUCCAAAUCCUGAAAAUGCAACCCCUCUCUUCAUUCUUGGAGGAGUAACAGCUGGUGCCUCCAUGUCAGUGGGACAGUAGAAUCUGCUCCAGAUUUUAAGGAACUUUUAAGGAGCUGUCCAAGGUGCUUAGGCCACCACUGUAUUGAAGUUAGUUGUCACAAUUCAGCUCAGAGUUAGUUAUGCCCUACAGUUCCUAUGAAUUCACCCUUCAGUAUGUUGCUGUGACAUAGCCUAACAGUUUGGCAGGAAUGUGGCAUACAAAUUUGCAGCUGGUGGUUGUUCGCUGGAAAACCAACCAAAGAACAGGAACUGGGUUUUUUCCUCAUCUGGCUUUUAAUAUUUCAUAUAGCCCCUAAGUAAGGCUUUGUACUUAAUACUUAUGGGUAGGUGGACAGUUGAAUAUUGGUGUCAUAUUAAGAAAAAGAUUCAGUAUACUUCAGGUUGUAUCCAGCUAAGUUAUACUCAGAGUAGACCCAUUUAAAUUAGUGAAACUAAGUUAACAUGUCCAUUAAUUUCAGUGGGACUGCUUGGAGUAUGGCUUAUGUUGGUUAAAAUGGGCAAAUCCUUACUGAUCAUGGAUUCGAUUUUCUUGAAACAAUGUCUGUAUCCUGGUAAAAAUCUAGUUUCCAAACAGUAUUGCCAGAUGUAACAAUUCUAGCAGGCAGUUUGGAACUGAGCUCAAUGGCUUGCAAAAUCUAUAUUUAGGAAGGAAAGGUAGGAAGACACCAAUGCAGAAAUGAGAGAUGUAACCUCAGAGGUGCACUUGGAUAUAUGUUAUUUAAUUCAAUGCAUUUUGUGUCAGCAAUUCUGACACAGUCACUGGUUAAAACUUGUUUUUAACUGGGCCUCUGGAAAAGAGUUGUUGACUAAAAAUUAUUUCCAGUAGUCCUUUUCAGACAUUUCGGUGUUUCUAUUUUUUAAAAAAACCUGUCCCUAAGAACUGAUGUCAAACAAUUGCUUUGGAAACUGCUGCAAGGCAAACCUUUAAAAAGCAAGGAGAUGAUUCCAGCUCAGAACAAGCUCACUAGGCAGCCCUUCUACCAAACAAUGAAGCUGUUCCUCAGAGCAACAGAUGGCUUGUGUUCAACUACAGUUUUUACCUGCUAUUGGACAUAUAGUUGUGUUUGUAAAUUCUCUGGAUUCUGGCUGAGUCCUGAGCUGCUUAUUUGUAGCUCUCAAAGGCCCAAACCCUUAGGACAGGGGUGGCUAGCCUGUGGCCUUCCAGAUGCUCCUGGGGUACAACUGACAUAAUCCCUGACCAUUGGCCAUACUAUCUGAAGCUGAUAGGAGCUGAAGUUCAGCAAUCUCUGAAGGGUACCAUGUUGGAUACGCCUACCAUGGGGCUGCAGUCAUUGUGUCUUGCUUUCCAACUCUUACCCAACCUACUCUGUGCAAAAUCUGAAGCGUUAGCAACAGCUCAGUGUUUCUGUUGAUGUUCUCCAGAAAUGUCUGUUUGUGUUUUUUGUUUAUUCAAGAGGAGUAAUAUCAUGCAUUGGAUAUUUUCUAUAUUCAUCAAUUAUAUGCAGGGCUUUUUCCCCCCUUCUCCCAGCAUCUCCUUGGCAGGAUUAUCUGUUUCUCAUUCUGUCUUGGAUUUGCAUUUGGAAGGAGAACUCUCAAGCGCGCCCCAUAUGUACAGAACACUUUGGUAUGUGCCAACUGAUUGCUUCAGUCAAGGAGGGGCACAUGCUUCUAGGAUGAUGCAAAUUGCACAAUUGUUCUUCAGAAGUGUUUGGCACACCCUUAGUUGAUGCUGCUUUACAGGUGAUGAAGCUGAAGAAUUAAACUAAGAUGUAGUUUUGUCAAAGAAGUUGGCAAGAGCAGAGUAAUGACCUCACUAUUGUGCACACUUUAUGUGUGCAUGCAUGCAUGCAUCAUGCAAGUUUUUAUCGAAGGAUAAUAUCCCUUCCAUGGUGGUAUUGGUAGAUCUCCAUGGUCACAGGAAUUGUUGUUGUUUUGAUUCAUUAUCUGCCCUUUGCCAUAAGAUCCCAGGUCAGGUUAAAACCAUUUAAAAUACAACAGUUUAAAAAUGAAACUCCGAAGGCUUAACUGUACACUUCUUAGGAUGCAACUAAAAAGACUCGAAUUACAUUGAAUGUUAUUCUUAUACUUCCACUGCAAAGCUAGCGUGGUCUAGCUUGCUGUGGUAUACAGCCUGGUAAUUGCAGUUUCAGAAUGCAGUAACCUUGAUGCGCUUUUGAUAAAAGUGCCAGUGUGGCGCACCUUGAUGUGCAUCUAUGCUCAGAGUGUAUGCAUACUACUAUGAAUACAUAUCUGAAGCUCUUCCACAAACAAAACAGGAAGCUGUCCUCUUCCUUUUCUAAAAAAUACUGCUAACGCAGUGGAGAUAAUGUUGAUAUAUAGUCCCCUUCUUAAAAGUUGAUGUGAUUGUCUUUAAGUAGCUACUUAUAGAUGAGCUACUUCCAGUACCCAGUAGUGCAGCUUUGAACUUUUGGUUCUAUUCUGUUACCAACAUCCUAUCCUACAUGCAGUGUUUCUGCAGUCACUCUUGUUGAACUGCUGUUGUGACUUAAUCAGUCCAUAAAUUUCUGCUUGUAGGAGGAGGAAUGUUGCAGACUCCUCUUGGGCUCAUGGAAGGCUUGAAAGUUCUCCACAACUUGGUGUACAUAACUACCCCACAAAUUACUUAUGUUCUCUUCCGGGAAUUGCAAAUCUACAUGCCCCACUUUUGGCUGUAUUGCUUUCUAAGUAAGAGUAAUCCAAGAAUGUAUUUGUUAGAGAAAAAUACUGACAGUAAUCAAUCUGGUCAUAUUUGCAAAAAGACUUGAUUUCUGAGUCUUUUACCCUCCCAGUAGCUUUCUAGAGACCUUGAACCUGUUCUAGAAAUAAGUAUUGUAACAUUUAGUUCUUUGGCUCUGUUAAGUCUUUUCCCCUCAACCUCAUCAUCAGAACCAGAAUGUUGCUCAGAUCGCAACUAUCCACUUAAUUCUUGUAUGAGUUUAAUAUGGGUUCAUUAAAGGGUUUUGGUGCAUAAGCUACAGUUUCAGCCUUUGGUUUUCCCAUUAUCUUGCAAUCAGGGUAACCUGCCUGCCAGCAGUUUGAAUUCUUAAAGAAUUGAUUUUUAUACAAGUGUCUAGCAAGACUUGAUAUGACCUAGAAGCAAGGGGCCUUAUUACAUGACACAUUAACAUGAUAGUUACAGGAAGAUUGGUUUCUGUGAAUAAAGGUUGAUACUACAGAUCCUUCUUCUGAGCUGAACAUUAUCCCUUGUUUAGAUCUAAACCACCAGGCCCUUCACAAAAGACCUAUUGAAC